AUGCUCUUUCUAUACCUCUACGUCACCUUCCUGCUCUCGCUCCUCGUCAGCGCCAAUGUCGAGAAAACCAUCUUCAUCGCCCCCUCGGCAGUCUCCCCAGACCCAGCGCUCGGUGAUCUAGGGCUUGAACGCCUCACGCCCGCAAACGGCAUGCUCCGGACGAGACUCAAUGCCUCGUUCCUUACAGAAGUCGGAAUCCGUGGCACGGACUCCUGGUAUCUCCUCGAGAACCUCAACCCCGGACAACGGUACGAGGUUCGCAUUUGCUGGCUGGCCACUCAACCAACCGCAUUUACUCUAUCGACGUAUACCGUACCCGAACUCUUAGAAGACCGUGCACUUCUUGAUUCUAUAAGCUCCUACUCGUCUGCAGCGGCCAUACCCGGUCGCCAAGGUGGUAACUCAGAUGCGGACUCGGUGCUAUUCCUUCGCAUUUCCGCCGCGGCAGAUUAUUUCUCGCUGGAUCAAGACUUGAUGGAAAAUGUGCCACCGGUACUGGCAGAUAUCAUCCUCGACCCGUUUCUAAGCAAUGUGUUUCCGAAGAGCCUGGUCCCGACAGCGGCUUGGAUAGGCGUUGUCUCAUUGUUGGCAAUUACUAUAGCGAGGUGGGUCGCUAGGGAGUUUGCGAGUGUGGUGAAUUUGGCUGGUGUCGCCGAACAGCCUGAUGGAAAGAAGGUCCGAUGA